AUUUAGGGUUGAGUUUUAAUGCGGAUUCCGCAUGAGUACAUAAAUCCCCACAUUACCGUGUAUUAACUACUUUAGAAUGCAGCUGGUCCCUAUUUGCCAACGAUUAUCGAGGUCUUUGCCCGAUGAUUUCACAGUCAAUACCAUUAUCGCAAGUCCGUGCGAUUAGAAAAAAAGUAGGUCCACCAGGGUUGGUAACUGGACCGCUUUUAAGUUCUGAGCAAACACCUGGGUGUUUAUUUACCACCAGACUCCCUUAAAGAACCAAACAAUUGGGUCCCGCAUGGGCAGUUGGUCUUUGCUCGAGCUGCCAAUUGUCUGACACAGUCGUGCUCUCUAGAUAGGCCUAUCCGCUUUUUUUAUGAUCGCAAUAAAACAUACCCUCCCCGUUGUAAAGUUCAACUCGGCAUCCAUGUUUCCGUUGAAUGUUGUGAAGAAGUCUCUGCGUGGUUUCGUUAAUAUGUCAAGCGGAAGUAAGAAGAAGCUGGACAGGUUAAAAGUGGCGGUCUUCGGGCGAUCUGGCUGUGGGAAAACUGGUAAAUACGAACACUGGAGUUAUGAAUUAACGGCCGCUGCCAAAUUGGUCUGAACUUGAUCUGCCAAACUCGUCAUAUGCAGGACAGGACACUGCGGGGGACGAUUUCUGAAAAAAAAGCUCUUACUGUGCGGUUUCUGACGAGACGAUUUAUUGGAGACUACGAAAGAAAUAAAGAGAACACGUAUCAGCAGGAUGUUGACAUAGACGGGACGUUGGUUAACCUGGAAAUAUUAGAUACUAGACUAGAUAUUCAGGAGUGUUUUGAGGUCACGACCUCAUUUGAGCGCACUGUGAAAUGGGCUGAUGCCUUCAUCAUCGUGUAUGAAGUCACCGAUGCCAAAAGUCUCCGCGUCGUACCCCACAUCAAGGCUGCUAUUGACCAGGCACGGAGGUCGAAGACACUGCCAGCCAUCUUGGUGGGCAACAAAAUUGAUUUGGUGCAUUCCCGUGUCGUCACCUACAACGAGGGCCUUGAGCUGGCCCAGCUCCUCGGCAUGCCGUUCUUCGAGGUCUCAGUGCGGGAGAGCUACGAGGACGUGGUCCGACUCUUCUCAGCGCUGUCUGGCGAGUUCCGAUCUCUCACGACCAAGUCGAGCGUGUUCAAAGGCUUCCGCGACCGAUCGAAAAAGAAGGGACGCUUUGCGAUGCUGACCAGACAACGAAGUGUUUCCAUGUGACUUGCUAAGUUAAACCCAGAUUUUAAGUGAUGUUGGCCAGAUAUUACUGUCCUUUUUUUUCCAGAGACGUCAGUUGCCGAUUUCCAUGUCUAUAUACAUGUAUGUUUAUGGUGAUUCUGACACUUUGUCUACUGGCAAACUGGGACCAAAUCCUCAUAUUUAUAGGGAGUGAUAUGUGCCUUAAAAGGUUUUGGCCCAUAAUAAAUCCUAAAAACCAAAAUGGCCUGAAUAAGUAAAUCUUAAUCAAAAACACAAAACCAUGAUGGCGAACAGAUAAAA